ACACCCCUCUUCUACCUCUGUUGUCGUCAUCUCUACGAUAUUUCUCCAACAUUCUCUCCCUUCAUCUGAAGCUUCCAUCCGUGUUUUUGUCCUCCUUGAUUGAUUCCAUCCCAUUUUAUUGCUGUCUGCCGUGUCUGAUGAAUUUUGAGCCACAAACAUAUUUUGAUAAUCCCAGUUGGCAAAAAUUCUUUCUUCCUAUUUUUCUGGAUUCAAAAGUUCCUGUAGAAUCUGAGUAAUCAGGAGUUAAUUGAACGGUUGAGGCAUUAAAGACUUCCAACAAAUUAGCCCCGUUUUCACAUCCUCCCUCAUUUAUCUCCCUUAAAGUCAUUGUCCUUUCUGCUGAUUAUUGGUCCAUUUUCUAAAUUUAGUCAAUAAAGAUUAGGAUCAGAAACAAGGUGCAAUAUAGAAAAGACCAAGAUUGCCGGUACAGACAGAUUGAGAGAGAAAAAAGGAGAGAUGUUUGUCAUUGACAGACAAUUUUAGACGGCCUUUUUGCUGCAUUUUCUUGAUAAUAAUGGAUUCUUGUUCUUAUUAUGAAUAUUAUUCUUCAUUCUUCUUUGAUCUCUCCACCCAUUUGAAUAAAGUGCGGUGUUUUCUUUCCCUCGUGCUUUGCACCAAGAAACGAUGAAUAAGAAUUAUUGGAGAGCUCAGGUUUUUUGAGUAAUUUUUCCAGUGCAGGAUCAUCAGAGUUCGUCAAAAAUGGCUUCUUCUCAGGUUGAGAUUGCGUCAUCUUCUCCGUUUGGUUAUGUUUUGAAGGAUCGUAAUCGGCACGAUCAUCGAUACAGGACAAGGGAGUCCAAUGCGUUUCAGAAGAAUUUCAAGGACUUGGUUCAGACACACCUGAAUUCUUGCAGUCCAGGUCAUUCAAGAAAUUCUGGCCCUGUUUCCAAUGGCAAAUUGAGUCACCAGAUUGAUUAUACAGAUUUAUGGGUUCACAAUCCGCGGAGUCAUACCAAUGAGGAUAAUCAUCAUUCUUGUAAUUUUGAUGACAGGAGAAUGUCUGGUCAUACAGAUUCCAAUGAGAAUUCUCCUCGUCAUCAUAUUGAUUUUACCGAUUUGUGGGUUCACAAUCCACAGAGAAACAACAAUGAAAAUAAUCCCAAGGAAAGUAGAGCUGGGGAAAAAUGGGAUAAGGCAAGAGAAAUGGUAUUUGCUUUUGAGAGAAAAAGCCAAGAAAAAACAUCAUCAGGAGGGCAUGUUUUGAAUUCUCAGAGGGGAAGAAGUCCUGACAGCCCAUCAUCAGGGCGGCCUGUUUCGGCUUCUCAGAGGGGGACGAGCCGUGAAGUUGUACCCCAAGAGCCUGUUGCAUUAUUUCAGAGGGGAAAGAGCCAAGAGGAAAUCACAUCAGAGCAUGAUUUGAGAUCCCAAAGGGAGAAUUCCCCUGUAAAAUCUGAAAGUUCUGUGGAGGCGCAAAGUUUAGGCGGAGUGUCUUUCCUUGUGAGGAUGUGGAGAGACUUUGAGGCUGAGGCUCGGUGCUUCAGCGCAACCAAUUCACCUGUUUGUAGCUCUAGGAGCAAUUCCGUAAUGUUUUUCAAUGAUAAUUCUUCAUAUGCUGAUGCCCCUCUUCGAGGGGCUGAUGCUGGUGAGGAAUUUGCCGAUUUAAGGCCUGCAACCCCUUCUAAGAGUGAGGACUUGUUUCUAGACUGGGAAUCUGAUCAAACAGGCUUGAGUGGUCCACCUUCCUCUCGAGGUAGAGAUUCUGAUGCUACUGAGAGUGAGAGAAUCAGGGUAGCUGAUAUCAUCAAAAAACUGUCGUCUAAUGGUGAAGAUCACAACGAUACAAUUAGCCAACAUUCAUUGCCCCGUGUUCGAACAUCACUGGAAAAGGCAGAACAGAGAGUUUUCUCUCCAGUUUCCAGUUCUCCUCGGAUUAGAGGUCGUCAAGCAUUCACUGAUUUGUUAAUGCACUUGGAGCGUGAUAGGCACAGGGAGCUUGAAAGGCUUGUAGAUAAAAAAGCAGUUUCCAGAUUCUCACAUAGAGGCCGCAUUCAGGCUAUGCUCCGGGUUAGAUUCUUGCGUCGUGGAGCUGAAGGAAAAGAUGGUCGCCAAUCUAAUUCUGCAUCAUUUGACUCAAAAAGACUUGCUCCAUCAGCCAUUGUGAAUAUAAGGGAGAGAUUCAUGGCGCAGGUUCGGCAUUCUGGAACAGAUUCGAGAUCUCAACAAGGCGAGGCUGUAGAUAAAAUCACCGAGGGGGAAAAAUCUCCCAUGAUAUAUCAACAAAGAAAAGAGAAUCAUCAACAAGAACUCACCGAACCAACAAAAUCACCUAAAGCUGUGGUAGACAAUGACGUAGAUGCACAAGAACCUAUUAGAGAAAAUCAAAUUGUAGGUACUAACUACCAUGAAUCAAAUACAACGGUCCGUCAAAAUGCUGUCCAAGUACAGAGGUCAGAAAUUUUACAUCAAGAAGCUAUUUCGAGCUCAGGUGUUAUGCAACAGAGGACAAGUUCAGGAUCUGAAAAUGAUGGCAAGACAGAAGUUACCUCGACAGCAAAUUCCAUGAAAAUGGAUGAAGCAAAUGAGAAUUCAGAAAUAGAAGAGUCCAGCAACCAAAAUCUUAUAGCAAGCACCAAUGGGUUUAUGGAUGAUGCGUAUAAGGCACAAGGUGAUUGGAAGGAGGAUGAAGGCACUCAUCAGGACUUAGUAGUCAGUGAUUAUGGUCAGGAAACUGAUGUUUUUCAACCAUUCGAAUGGGAAGAAUUACAGGAUGAUUACGAGCAGGAAGUAGAUAUGAACCAAGACUGGAUAAGUGAUGUCUCUCGCCCUCGUAGUACUUGGGAAGAUCUCAGACAAGCAAGAUAUCAGGAAAUGCUUGAUCCGUUCAUGCAGAAUGAUGAAAUCCGCCAACUUCUUAAUAGAAAAAGCGUUUCAAAUUUCCUUUCCAGUGGUCUGAGAGAGGGUAUAGAUAGACUGAUGAUGUCACGCACACAAAGUCAACCAAAUGAACAGGCCAAUCAGAGACAGGAAGAGUACAAGUCAUAUCAAGUGGAAGAAGAAGUGACAAAGGAGGUAGAAAUGCAAGAAGUACAGAAAGAACCUGAAGAAAGAGUAGAAGAGGAAGAAGAAAUUGCGGAUCACAGUAAUGAUCUUGGAGAAGAUGAGUCGGAUGAGAUCCAAACAGGACGAGAAUACACUGAAUCCCAGGAUUAUUUUGGACAAACAACAUCGUGGGACUACAAUCAAGAUAAUGAAGUGGGUGAUAACUACUUUGAUCCAACUGAAUUUGAAUCUCCCGAACAACCUCUCUCACCUUCUUCCCCUCCGGAAACUCAACCAAGCUCUUCCUUCACUAAUCAUCCUUCAAUAGAAAUGGAGUUCAUCUAUGAGUUGAGAGGCAACAUGGAGCAACUCCAUCAAGAGAUCUCUGAACUACGAAGAUCAGUAAAGAGCUGCAUUGACAUGCAGGUCAAGUUACAAGAAUCCCUUACGCGGGACGUGACAACUGCUUCAUGUCAUUCAGGUACUGGAAGAAAGAAAAGAAAGGAUUCAUCACAAAGUAAGAAAUCCGGCAGAGGAAGAUGUUAUAUUUGCUAUGAGAUGCAAAUAGAUUCUCUUCUUUACAGAUGUGGGCACAUGUGUACGUGCUUCAAGUGCGCCAGUGACCUGCAAUGGGGCAGUGGAAAAUGUCCAAUUUGUCAAGCUCCAAUAAUCGAUGUCGUGCGCGCUUAUGCUUUUUCAUGAAGUACAGAUGAUUGAGUUCAUCAGAAGGGUUGUGUAAAACCUAGAGUUUUUAUCCAAUAAUGGAUAAAGAAGGAUGAAUUUUUGCUCCUGGUUUUUUCACCUUCUUGCCUUCUUUUUUGCUCAGUUAUUUUUCUGUCUUUGCUCCUCAUUGCAGUGCCGGUUUCCUAAUCUAAGUUAGAUGCCACUGUAGGAAAAAAAUUUGCUAGUUGAUUGCCCGUGUUCACGGGCUUAACUAACUAACGUUUACCACUACUUGCUCUGUAGAUCUUACUCAGUUUAUUCUGUCAGAAGAAGUAAAGCAUUCAACCAAUUUUCUGGUUUAUUGACACAAUGCUAUCAAGUCUCAUGAAUAUA